CGAAGCGGAAGCCGGCUGCUUGGGUGAUUGGUCCAUACUUGUCGAUCUUGUCUUUCUCCGCAAGCUGAGCCGCCUUGCCACCUGGGAGCUGUGCACCACGCCGGUUGACUGUUCAGUGGAAGGGAAUGGGGGAGUUGUCAGGGCGGCAGGGGUGGGCGACGGUGACGUCGAGCAGGUAUUCACUGCCGUCGAUCACACAAUAGAUGUCCAUGCGCUGGUUGUUGGGAUUGUCAUCGGGCGGGGUGAUGCCGAGGCUGUGCAGAGACACUUCCACAUUGGAGGGAACAUCUGCUUCAGCCAGGAUGCGAACAAACAAGUUGCGCAUGUUGUUGUGUCUCGUGACUCGCUCACGGCCCGUGUGACACACGGAAUAGUGAUCGCCAAACUUGUCCACCUCCCCGCCGCAGAUGCAUCGCUGCGAGACGGUUGCGUGCGGGAGGGCAAUGCCGAGACACCCAGCGACGGCAUGGCGAUACUGGAAGUUGUUCAGUGUCUUGCUAUCGCUGGAAGGGAUUGCUGACAGCCAACCAGACCAAAGAGGCCCUUGGCAGCUCAGAAGACGGGCGCGGGCUCUGCUGUCGGCGGGGAGGGAGUUGAAGAGCUCGUUGAAGCGGAACUAGGGAGAUACGUCUCUCUCUCGCCCUGCCUGACCCUCUGUGACACACACACCUACCCAUCUGCCUCAG